UGAGCAAUAGCUUGCUGGAUCUCAGAAUACUACAGAAAUUCAUGACGGAGCCGACGCGCACGUGGCUAUUGGUCCAUAUAGAGUCAUGACUGUCGAUGGAACCUCUUGGUGGCCAACUCCCAUUGCAGGGAGCCUGCAACCACCGACGCCCACCGACGACAACAGCGACGAACAGCGACACCGACACAGGUAUUCCCCAUGACCAGCCUCUCUGCAGCCCAGGCCACAACUCCCAAGCGAGCUCCUAAGAUGGCUUCCCAGGUCAAUCUGAAUCACCUCCUCAACUUCACUCUCCCUCCGAGACAGUCCCAAACUCCAUCGAGUGUACCCAGGAGAAGCAGAAGGACUGGCGGAACUCACCACGGCGUCUGGAACAAGGAACGAUUCGUUAAUGCUCAGUAUCGUUUCGUGAUGAAUCCUAUGGGAGAUUAUACGGUUCACUUUGCUGAUCCAGACAUUUUCUUCCAGUGGAAUGAUAUCGUACAGGUUAUCAUUCCUCGAUCAUCUCCGCUUGCAGCUGCUACAUCUGGCGGUGGAGACUCUGAUCGAGGUGGCGAAGGGCAUAGGACGUGUCCUAUAUGCCUAUCUCCACCGACUGCUUCACGCAUGACGAAAUGCGGCCAUGUCUUCUGUUAUCCUUGCAUUCUUCACUAUCUUAGUACAUCUGAUAACAAGUGGGCGCGGUGCCCCAUUUGCUUUGAUUCCGUCAAUGACAAGCAACUGAAGAGUGUCAAGUGGUUUGAUGGGCCGACCUUCGAGCCUGCAGAAGAUAACGGCGGAGCAUCGUCGUCCGCCUCCUCCUCUUCCAUCCUUGACAAUUCAUUUGAAGCACCGCUCGCUGGCUUGACGAUGCGACUCCGGCUAAUGCAGAGGCCUCAGAUCACAACUCUGACGUUGCCCCGUUCAUCUACCUGGCCGUCGGAACUUAUUCCUCCACACCAAGCUCCCUUCCAUUUCCUGCCAGAUGUCUUCAAUUACUCCAAGUUCAUGCUUGCGACUCCAGACUAUCUCGUCUCAGAUCUGACCCGAGAUUUAAAUGAGCUGGCAAUGGAGCGGCGGACACUAGCGGGGAUGAACGAUAACCUGGGUGUAUCUUUCAUUGACAGAGCCGAGCUAAAGGUGAAGAAUCAGAUCGCAAGAGUGAUGGCUAUGGACAACCCCGUCCUUCUGGAGCAGAUAGAUAAAGCGCGCGCUGGACUACGUGAGCUGGAAGAGCGACGUGACCUUCAUUUGCGUCGCCAAGCUGAGCAGGCGAAUACACCGCGUGACUCAGAUAUCCCACAAGAGCUGCUGGCACUGGGGCCGAACAGCUUCCCUUCUACACCAGUCCCGGACACCCCGAAGCCCAAGGCCGCCCCUAAGCAACGUCGCAAUGUGAAUCCACCACCACCUUCAACAUCGACGUAUUACUACUAUCAGGCUGCUUCUGGAUUCCCAUUAUUCCUUCAUCCCCUAGAUAUUAGGAUCCUACUCUCCCAUUUCAAGAGCUACCCAUUAUUUCCCGACACUAUCGAUAUUCGCAUAGAAGCCUUAUCUGAGGGUUCCGUCAACGAUGAUUUGCGAAAACGGUGCAAAUAUCUCGCCCACAUGCCGGAAGGUGCCGACGUUGUCUUCAUCGAAGCUGAUCUAAAGAGUGUCGUCGGUUCAGAAGGGCUGAAGAACUUUGAGGGUGCGCUGAGAAUGCGCACGUCUCGAAGGAAGGAGAAAGGUAAAAAAGAUGAUCGCGCACGGGCUCGGGCCGAAGAGAGGGAGCGGGAGAGGCGAAUGCAACAUUCAUUUACCACUUGGACAAGUCCUUCAGCUAUCUCGUCAACUACAAUCUCCGUGGAACCGGCGCCGCCUGAGCAUGACGAGAUACCAUCACCCCCACAAGAACCAGCAUUUCCAGGAGCGUGGGGUUCUCGGAGUUUCGCGUCUGCUGUCCAUUCGAGCCCUUCACGGGAUCUCAGUGCGCAGGAUCAUAUCCGGAGAGAUGAUGAGGAUGAAUGGGACUUGGACGUUGCUUGGCAUGAGCUUGAACAGAGGAACAAUGGAGGUGCAGGAGGCAGGAGGAAGAAGAAUAACAAACUUGUCAUACUUGGUGGCGGUGGCAGAAGACGGUAAUUACAGUAUACAUUGCAUAUAAAGCCGAAUCUUGUAUCAUUUGAGCGACAGUACAACAGAUGUAUUUUUUCUCACGAAGGAUCCCACCAUCAUUGCUCUGAGCGCUACACGUCGCUGUCUCCAUGAAGAAACGGAUAGAGAAAAUGGUAUCUCAAUAGAUAGACAAAAAGUAGAGAGCACACAAAAGUCAGCGAUACGAGAUCGGCGGUACAGAUUGUG